AAACACUUUAUUACGCUUUAUAUUCACCAUAGAUAAGUCCACUAUACUAAACUAUGACAAAGUAGCGUUUGACGCGACAGUUUCGGUGUUUGUUGUCGCCAAAACUCUCCGCAUAUUGAAUUGUCUAAACUGUUUCAUUCGGACCCACUACUGUCUCGCUUUGCACUCAAGUGUCAGUCCGCUAACUUAACUUAAGUGCUAACGUUGUCUGUUUUUGUGAAUUUGACUGUUAACGCCUUUAUAAUAACGUUCCACCGGUUCACUGCGGAUAUGACUAUAUUAAUGUUGAUGUAUGUUCGUUGUCAUCGUUGAAGCUGGUAGUAGCGCUGUUAUUACACAUCUUGAACGUGCCUUCGGCCUGUUGUUAAUGCUAGCCACACCAGCUAGCCAUUAGUUUUUCGUGGAUCCUAAAAGUUGAUUUCGGGGUUUUAACCAAUCAGAUUCAUCUAACCAGUGUUAUUGACAGGGUCCUAAGCGUCGCGUACGUUAGAGUCUGUUGAUUGACGCGCUUCACAGCCAAUGGCUGAAGAGGAAAGGCAGUCUUGUUACGGGAAAAGGCGGGGCUAAUGUUACCAGACGGUAAUGAAGGCUGAAAAAGACUCAACUUUUUUUUCAGAUCAGUCGGCGUGGUAUAGAAGAAGGAACUAAAGUUUUCAGAACUUUUGGAUAUGUGUUUGACAUCGCUCUCUUUUUUAAAUGGCCGAAACCACACGAAAAACAUUUGCCUUGUCUGUUUUUUUGGCGGCACAAUAAGCGGUGAUGAUAAUCUGGGCCUGGGCAAGAAGAGCCACUAAAAGAGGCCAAAGUCUCUCGUAAUAAUGAUAUCCAUAGUAUUGCAAUUUGAGCUGUUGAACGCCCCCAGGAUCCGCAUCCCCAUGCAUGUCAACACCUUCAUUAGGAAUGUAGGUCAUGUUUUUGGCAGAGUUGUACCUCAUUCCAUCACAUAGAGUUACACCAGAGAAAACUGCAGCCUGUUUAGUCCAACCAAGCAUCUUGACCCACUCUUAGUAAUUAUGUAAGUUUUCAUUUUUUAUGCAACAGAAAUGUUCUUUGCUGCAACUUAAACAGUAUCACUUCAUUACACAUAUGGUGAAUAUAUUUAAUGUUUAAAAAUAUAUGUAUAGCAUGUAUGUAAUUUGUGCCUUUGGCUGAGAUGCCAGUGAUUUGAAGUGUGUCCAUUUUAUUGUUGGUUUGUUGAUUCAGUGUUAGAUGUACAGUGUUCUAGAGGAUUGAGCAUGAAGGGUUUAGUUAAAUGAAUGUCUGCACCAGAGGCUGAGCAGGCUCCAGACACCAAACAUCAAGUGACACGGUCUUUUUCUUUUGAAUUAGAGCCAAAACCUCUCGGCAAGUGUUUAUAAAAGUUGCAGCACAGUGUUUUUGAUUUAAUUUUAGAAAACAGCUCUGGCUCGGUCCAUCGUGUAUUUUCCUGCAUUGUCUGCUUGUUCCGCAUGGAUUUAGCUUCAAGGCCUUGUUAGUUACGCAGACAAAGAUAUAGAAUUUCAUUUGUUCCAUUUACCAAAUCUCAGGUUCACUCUGCUUACAUAAAUACAUAUCGGCUGUUGCACACGUCCAGCUACAGCUGAGAUCUCUGGAGCUCACAGCCCACAUUUACAGGACCAAACAUGUGAUCCAGCAAAUAUCCUAGAUCCUUCAAUUGAUCGAUCACUGACCGACUUUUUUGCGAUUUCACCAUUUCGCUCUCUACCUCCCCCUCCUUUUCUUUUUUUUUCUUUUUGUGGGGUCUCCCCUACCCUCUGGCAAUUCAAGCCUCAGAUUCCAGAGUUAUGGCUGCAGUACGAGCUAUUAAUACGGUUUGUUUAGUCAGUUUCCUAGCAGGCUGCAUCAAACACUAGAUGGCUGUGGCUGAUUAUAGCUGCGACUCAUUCCCCUACACCUGCUGAGUCGGAGAAAUCCAAGUUAACGGUGGGACUUUGGCAGCAGCUCAAUGAGAGGCACAGGAAUUAGGACACUUUGACUGUCACCUUGGAUGAAAGGAGGCAAAAUAGGUGAACUUGAUAUCCAUGUCUGGAAUGCAUAUCAAUGAUGUGCAUCACUAAUGUUACUAGCAGACUGAUUUAUUGUGUCUCGCAGAGUUUAAGUCUGAGUGUAGUAAAACUUUAUACUGUCAACUCAUUAAUUACCUUCAGAGUUUAUUCUCAGUGAGACACUACUGACAGUCAAAGCCGUGAAUUACCAGAGAAACUUCCUUCUAUAUUUACGUGAAUUCAGCGCAGGAUUACAGAUAGCGCUGCAGUUUUUGAAGAUUUCAUUCAAGAUAGACAGAUUUACCACGAAGCCAAGCAAUAGAUGCUGAAGAAAAGAUUCAACCCAUCAGUUUUAAUCAGGUGAAGAGAUUGGUCGGGCCAGCUAUAGGAAAACAAAUGGUAUUUUCCACAACCGUCGUCUGAAAUAUAUGGUGGACUUCCCACAAAAUUAAAUCCCACUUCUUCGUGUUUGUGCCCGGCAGGCAGCCAAGUUAAUGUCGAAGCAUGUGGUUAGUAAGAUGUAAACUCUGAAAUCUGUUCCCACUCCUCACGCCAGAUGUGUCCACUUCCCCACACGGUCCACACCCUCGGUAUAACGAGCAUCUCGUUUGCAGACACAUCUCUGCCCAAAUAGACUCUGCGGAUUGGGAACACUCUGCGAGGGCCCUGUCACCAACCUGUUGCCUUUCUCCAGAGCAUGGGAGGUCUGGAAGAAAAUCAGACUGCUCCUCUUUAUCGGCCGCCUGAUCUGCACAGAGAAGGGACGAAGACUGAGAGACACAACGGUCGGGCCUGUUGCUGCUCUGGCGUCAUGGGAGAGCGUUGCAUUUCGGCGCACGGCUUCAGUAAUCAUGUGUUGGCUCAGGGGCAACUGUCCUCGGCGAAGGGAGAAAUAGAGGGGAGGAAGGAGGAAAAUAUACUGACUUCAGCACUGGGAAAACUUUCAGACAUUUAUGCCUCGCCAACAUAAUGAAUAAUCUGUCCCACUCAAUAAUGUGAGGCUACACGCUCAAUCCGUGUAGUAGGUACAGCAGAGGUUAAUGUGGUCUGUGACUCAGCUACGACACUAAACACAUUAAACCGACAUCGCUUUCCAGUUCGCGGAAUAGCAGUGCAUAUGAAAUUUGAUGUAAUGAACGUGAUUAAGCAAGCUUAAAAACAAGUCAGAACAACACAGAAGUUCAGCUGCUGUCGUAUCGUCAUCGGCAAAGUUAAAGUUUAGGAAGCUGAUCACAAAAGACAUCUAAGAUGUGAAUCUUGAAGGGGGUAGUCUUUAAUUAUUAAGGUAGAGCACCAUCCUGCUCAUCAACUCAUGAAUGUGUUUUAGAGAAACCUUUAGGAAUAUUUCAGUAGUCAGUGGCUUUUGUUUAUUGAAAGGUGUCUACGUAUAAAGGUGCAAUGCAUGCUGGUAGUUGUAGACAGUGUUGUGUAAUAGCUGCCAGAAGUCACUCUGGGCAGGUUGAGAGUGCUAAAACAUUAAUGAUCCACCUUCAAUUCCCUGAUUUAAAUUCAUUGACCAAAGUUCGUUGUCUAUACUUCACAUUUUGUCUUCACAUGGAGUGCUGUUCAGGGUGGUUUGGUGAAGGGGGGGGGUGUGUGUGUGUGUGUGUGUGUGUGUGUGUGUGUGUGCGUGUGUGUGUGUGGAGACAGCUGAUAGAAGCAGUGAGCCUCCCACAGCUUUAGUUUAUGUCACUUCAGCUUCAGACACAAUAGGAGGAGAAACCAAACAUGAGCAUGUGCAUAUUUAACUCUUAGCAUUACUCGAGGAGAAGGUGGAUGUGGUGGUUGCUUUGUAGUCCCGUGGAAAGCUUUGGAAGUGCAUCUGUUAUUACAGUGUUAACAAAUAGCACACUAAUGAAAUAGUCCAUGUUGUGUUUUUAUACCAUAGGGCUGGAAAAUUGAGUUAAUUUAUUGAAUUACUGAUAUAUUGCAUCUACCAAAAUAUACUGAAAAUCAGAAUAACGACCAGUCACAUAGUGAGCCCUAAGUCCCAGAUCUGAAAGUGAAAGUGAUCAAACUGUGAUGAAUCAGGAUAAUCAGAAGACAGCAUGACAAGGGAAUCUAAUGUAGGGGAUGUAUUUGAAAAUGAUUAUCAUUACAUUGAUCAUUUUAGAUAUGACAAUUUAUUAUGGUAAAGAUUUGUGAUCAUACCGUUCAGCCCUAUUAUAGCAGCAGUGUUAUUACGCACUAUUAGACGUUGGAUGUAAUGUAAUAUUUUUUUAAAUGAUAUAACUCAUUAUAUUAUUCAAAGUUCAGUAAUAAAUAAAAUAAUAGCAAUAGUUUAGAGGUUGUCUCGACUGAACACAAAUACCUCUCUCUAUUAAUAAUUCUCCACUAAUAAUGUUUUGGUCGCCAUCAGUAACUUGCAUCUCAACACAGGAAACACUUGUAUUUAAUAAGAAAAACAAGUACCAGUGAGGUACACGGUCAGGUCAUUUCAAUAUAUCUGUGCUGUGGAGUCACGUGAGAGUUCACAGAAAGAGGCUGGAGAUGACGAAUGGUGAAUGAGGGGUGCGAGAAGGUAACAUGUUGGGAUGUGCUAGAGAGGUGAGGAGAGGGAGUGGUGAUGAGAGAAGGAGGGAUUGGGAGUGAGGGAAAAUGAGACAGAAGGAGAGGGGAGGGGUCUUUGUGUGAACGGUAGCCGUCGUUCUCUCUCGUGUGAGCGGCUUCUCAUUCGCCAACCAGAAGCCCCCCCUGUGUGAAGGAAGUAUCACCAGGGAAACUUGGUCUCGGUGCAUGUUUUCCUCCUUUGCCAGGGUUAUUUUUAAACAGCAUUCAGCUUCCUGCUCAGACUAAAGACUACAAGCCACAGCAUCCCCGUGUUGUUAUUUUCAGGACUUGGCGAAUCGAGAAAAGCAGCAGCAAUGUUCUUCUCUUCUCCUCUCCCACAGUUACACUGCAAGCUCUUCGCAAAAAUGGGGGACGACCGACCUUUUGUGUGCAGUGCUCCUGGCUGUGGACAGAGGUUUACCAACGUGGACCACUUGGCUGUACACAAACACAAGCAUGAGAUGACACUGAAAUUUGGACCAGCCAGGACUGACUCUGUAAUUAUUGCAGACCAGACACCUACUCCCACCCGCUUCCUAAAGAACUGCGAGGAGGUCGGUCUGUUCAACGAGCUGGCCAGCUCCUUCGAACAAGACGAGGAGGACAAGAGAGCAAAGAAUUCUCUCCCUGCUUCCAACUCUGUGGCUGUGGACAUGAGCAUGCAGACGGCAUCCGACGUGAAGGUGAAAGAAGAGGAACCUGUAGAGGUCGACUCCUCGCCUCCAAGCAGCCCUGACUCCUACUCUGGAGAUUCGGACAGCUACUACGAGCCCCUGGUUAAAGGAAAGGACACGCCACCCAGAAGUUCGGCCCCCACCCCGACUAUUGUGCGUCCAGGUUCCCUCCCACUACACUUGGGCUUCGAUGCCCUUCAGCCCACCAUGCCGUCACCCACCUCUGUCAUCACACAGACACCACCUUCCAAUCGAACUCUGGGCUCACCAACCAGCCACUACCCCAUGAUGAUGCUUCCCUCUGGUCAGGCAGUGCCUGUGCUCCCUGGUCCAGUACAGAUACCCUCCGUCAUAAAUCUGGCCCGAACCAUGAGCAUGGUACCCAACAUUCCUGGAAUGCCCGGUCCUCCUCUGGGAGGCAGCAGCAGCGGCUCAAACUCCCCUUCUGGCUACAGCAUCCACUCAGAGGCCAAGAUGCGUCUGAAGGCAGCACUGUCCCAGCAGAGCCCGUCAGGAUACAGCAUGGGCUUCAUGGCCAUGGGCGGCAGCCCCAUGGUACCUCAGAGGGCAGAGCAGAGCCAGCUGCUGGUCCAACAUCCAGAUGCUCCGUCACCUGCACAACCUCAGGUAUCUCCAGCACAGCCUACAGGUGGGCGGCGGCGGCGGACGGCAGAAGAUGACCCAGAUGAGCGAAGGCAGCGGUUCCUCGAGAGGAAUCGGGCCGCCGCAUCGCGCUGCAGACAGAAACGCAAAUACUGGGUCAGCUCUCUGGAGAAGAAGGCCGAGGAGCUCUGCACCAUGAACGUCUCGCUGUCGAAUGAAGUGUCUCUGUUGCGGAACGAGGUGGCUCAUUUAAAGCAGCUGCUGCUAGCCCACAAGGACUGUCCUGUGACCACCCUACAGAAGAGAACGGCCUACUUAGCUGCAGAAGAGAGCAUGAGGGACCCCUCCGAGCCUACGGGCUCCCCUGCCCCGGUGAUCCAGCACAGCUCUUUGGCACACAGCCCCUCUGCAGGGCACAACGGCCUGAGCUCAAGGGCAGCAGCUGAGGCCAUGGCUAUGUCAGUGCUGGCAGGAAUGGGCCAGCACCAGAGGGCUGAGAGUGGACCCUCUCACAUUAUCAUGGCUGCACAGUCUCAAUCUGCUGCCAGAUGAUGAGCGAUGCCACCACCACCACCACCACCACCACCGCCCAGACUUGGCUCACAAUCAUCACCCAGGGAUAAAAAAGAGCAGCGGAACCCCCCUCCUAACUUUCCCCUGAUGUAGAAGUCCAAAUCUUCCCCUUCGCCCUUUCGCUGUGCUCCUCUGCUCUCUCUGACCCUCUUGCGGAGCCAUCGAGCUGUGGCCUGAAGCUCAGCAGCAGCCUUCUGAGAAUGGACUGAGACUUUUGAGAGAGCUUCCUGUUCACUUUGCCAUAGACUACAGGGGCUGGACUCCAACCUCCCAUCCUCGUCUCCCCCACUCUGUGCAUCCCCGCUCAUCUCCCUUCACUCUCCACUGGACCGUAGGACCGCAUCGCUCCGAGUGUAUGCCGCCAUGAACUUCCCACGUGGACACGUGCGCAGCUUCUAACACACUAGGUGUUGCAUAAACAUUCUCGAUCAAAUCAGAUACCAAACAAUGCACACGGGGCUUCACACUGUUUUCAGCAGGGAAUUGUGCCUCAUGCUCCUCGACCUGUUAGCCACGCACACACACCCACACAUGCCGUCACAGCAGACGUCCCUUUACAGCCUCGGCUCCAAAAUGCAGUAGUUGUCUCGACGUCGGGGACUCGGAUCUCAAAUACUCCCUCAAACCUUUUGUAAAUGGUUCCACCAAAAGGUGAUCUCAACAUGGACCCGAAAAAACCUUACCUCAAUUACUCCCCUUUAUGACAAAAAUGAAUAAAUUGUGUGUGUGAUAAGCUCUCUGCGUAUAUAUUUAUGUACAUCACAACAUAGCGGUUUGCCUAGUGCUGAACAGAUGCGUUAAUAGCUGGGUUGUUAGCAUGUGACUAUUAGGGUGUUAUGUUCUUGAUACAGCUAUGUGCAGCUCUAUACUUUCUUGUUAUUAAUUGGCACAUUGUCCCAGAUUAGUCCACAGAACCAGAACCAAAAGGAUUGACAUUGUAUUAUCUUAAAUUAGUUUGUGUGAGCAACAGUUUUUUUCAACCUCUCCCCUCCUCCUUACGUUCCCCUAAAGCAGACACUUGUGCUGUUUAUUGGUUUGUGAGUGGAUGCCUUUUCCAUUUUCUAUGAAACUAUUCUCGUGACUGUGUUUCUCUGUGUGGGCCCUGGACUUACUGUAACUGUUAUUUUCACACUUCUCAGGAUGGUUUGCACAUCCUUGCUGCUCGUUGGAAGUGCGAUGAACCCAGUCACCCUGCUCUCUACCAAACCUAAACUAAAGCCAUACUGACCACAAAUCAGAUAUCUCAAUCUCCAAAGACCACCUUGUACUUGUUCUAGGGGACAGGAAGUAAAUCGCCUUACUGUUAUUUUGUGACUCAGACGUCAUAGUGACAAAAUCGACAGUACAUCCCUGCUUGUUACUUGCACUUACACUCAGUCUCACAUACAAUGUCUGACGGUUUUGCCUUAAGAUCACGUUGGUGCCUCCGAUAACACCGAAAGAACACGCAGAUUUGCUCUAUGUGAAAAACAAUGGAGCUUUAAAACAUGUAUUUGUAUCAAUUUGUCAAUUUUAUCAAAUAAAAAUCUAUCGACGAGGAACAUGAUUUACUCAUUGGAGAUUCCUCACAGCCUUUAAGAUGAAUGGUUCAUUAAACCAGGAGUCUGUUCAGUGACGUUAAACGAUGCGAUGCUUGCCUGUCAUCUGGUGGAGAGACGCAGCAAAGACAUCUUCACUGAGGGAGAAACACGUUCAGAUGUCUUCUGACUGUUAAUGAAUGGCUCCAGUUCUUUAUAAAUCCCACCAACAUAUUUUACCACAAUAUUUUUUCAUAAACUCCUAAACAAGCAGUUUGCUUUCCUUGUGUUUCUUCCUGUACGUCUUUUUCUUUCCCUUUUUGUCUGAUACGAUUGGUAUAUUUGCAAGAUGUGAUAUUUCAAAAAACAAGAUACCUGUCCAUUAACAGGAGGGCAUGUCUUUAUGCACUAAAAUAAUGCAAGUUUAUUGUUGCUUUGUACUUUUGUUCUGUUCAUUUACAGUUUUUUACAGUUCUCUUGGUCAGAGGUAUCAGAUCCUUUUAAAAAAAAAAUCAUAUUUCUCCUUUCUGUACUGUACUCAUUAAUGGGACUGUGCCCAGCAACUUUAAAACCUUCCACUUCUGACUGAACCUUGAGUCCUGCAGUCCCAUGGGAGACCCCGACAUGUUGUUGUGCUUCACAGCUAGCCCUAUAUCUGGCUGGCAGUCCCUUAUAGACGAUUGUUCAUAUGAAAUGAAAAGUCAAACCCUAUUUAGCUUCCAUGUAAUUCAUGUCUUUGGCACCUUUUCUGUCAUUUCUUGUUUUCUUGUGUUGUGUGCUAUUUUCAGCACGAUACAACUCUUGUCAUAACGCUUCUGAUUGUACUGAUGAAUAUAGAAACUCAUUUCUUUAACACAGAGAUUUAUUUUUUGUUUUUUUGGUUUUCUACAGAAAAAAACAUCAUUAGUCCUCUUUCAAAAAGUGAUUUUGUUAUAUCUUUAAAGAUGAAUUUGGUCGUGUCUUUUGACUGUCCUUCUAACUUAUUUUUUAAUUGGUCAACUAACAAAGUCUUUUGGCAUAUUGUUAUGAAAAGAGCAAUUUAAAGAAACAUACAAUGUGAAAGUUGCAUAGUAUAUUAAUGGUUUUUCACACUCCCAUUGUUGGACUGAUAAUUUCAAAAAUUGUCCUUGUACUGUACAUAUCUGUACUAUAUGAAUAUAUUUACUUUUCCAUGCAUGUCCAAGUGGAAUACUAUGAACACUUACAGUGCUGCAGUUUUAAUUAAAGAAACUACAUACUUAAUGAACAUUUACAAAGUUUGGUUUGUUUGUUGUCAGUUUAGUUUCACAACAGCAAAAAUAUCUUUUCUCUAAAUUUGCUGUAAUCUCACAUAAGAACUGGAGAAAUGCAGUUUUUGGUUGAAGUGAUAUGAAAGACGAUGAAUAUGCUGUAUGUUGGGACACUGCACUGUCUGCUUUGUUCAUAGUUGUCUGUACCCAGUGUUCAUGGACUUUCAUGAUUAUAUUGUGACUAAUGACUACAUGGAGAGGAGCAAAAUAACUCAUAAGUACUAUGGUUCUAAUAUUUGUUGUAGUUUUAAGGUACACUUUGAAGCAGGGCCGUAGCUAAUACGAGGACACAGAGGUCAUGUCUUCUGUAUGUUUCUGGUACUUUGGGGUUUGUAGCAGCCUGAGGUUAUAUUCUACAAUUAAAAACGUACACCUUAUCAUAUAGACUCAUUCUAGU